AUGGAGAAAAGAACAAACCCACCUGAUAAAGGGUACUGGUCUGAUAAGGGGAGUUCUAUGAGUGUAAGAUGUGGCAGAAGUGAUUCAAAGUGGAUGGAUAAGAAUUUUGUAGAAGAUUUUGAGCCAAAUUCCUCAGAUGAGGAUUAUGUGGAUCAGAUCUUUAGGCGUAAGCCCAAAGGCUUGCUGCCUUGGUGGAAUGGUGAUUAUACUGCGCAAAGAGACACAGCCAGAGGGGACUGCUAUGGUCUUUUAGUGAGGUUAUGGUGCCUUUACUUUGUUUUUUUGGGGCCUUGGUUUGUAAUGUUUUUGACAGUCAAGACCAUCCCUGGACAAGCUUUUGUUUGUGCAGCAUUAACUGAAACGAAGGUGGAAAAGAGCAAGGAAUCUUUUGUCACCAAAGAUAGAGAUGUUCAUUUGAUUUUCGGCAUGAAGAGAAAAAAGAAGGAUCAAAUUUCAAGCUCUAAUGACAACUCAUUACUUGUGGCGGGAAUGCAGUGUGGCACAGAAGAUGAACGUUAG